AUGCAAACACUUCUUUUAGCAAUUAUUGUUGUUUUACUUCAACAACAUAUUCAACUAGCUGCCGGAGUUACCUGUGCAACUAAUCCAUGUAACCUCGUACCUGGUCAAUUCGAUGCAUUCACUGGCUAUUGUUGCUAUGAUAUUCCAACUAGUAGUGGCAAUUCUGUAUGUACAUGUCCAAGCGCUCAGCCUGUUGUUAACGGACCUUGUCGUACUAGUGGAAUAAUAGGUCCAGGAGUUUGCAAUCGAACAUGUGUUAAUGGCGGUGUAUGCAAUAUAGUCAAUGGUGCAAAUGUAUGUUGGUGUGCAUCGGGUUUUACUGGUGCAAAUUGCGAACUUCAAGGUAUUCCUACUCGUUGUACUGCUGGAGUUUGUCAAUCUGGAGCUUGUGUUGAACAAACUCUAGGAUCAACUGUAUAUGCUUAUUGUUUUUGUAAUCCAGGUUGGACAGGAACGAGAUGUGAUCGAUCCUAUUUUACAUGUCAACGAGCAGGUGUUUUUCCUGAUACUGCCUAUUGUGCUAUUGGUCGAUAUUACUAUUGUUCUCAAGCAUCUGCUACACCAAUUAUUGCAAUGUGUCCCGAUGGACAGACAUUCAAUCGCGCAACAAGCCAAUGUGAUACUAGCCCAAGUUGCACAUAA